UUCCUAGGCCUGGCAACACUCGUAUGGCGUUGUUCUGAGAUACCACGGGUCAACUCCCUGUAACAACUCCCUGCAGCUGACAAUCAUCCAUUCCAGGCUGCUACAUUGCGUGUGGGUACUAUCUAUCUGUGUUAUGGCCUACUGAAUCUUGUGUAAUCACGCCUAUCAAUAUCACCAAAAUUUCUACUUUAUUCUUUAAAUUACCUCACUUGCUAGUUAACACACUCAUGCUUGUUUCGAGGGACUUGUACAAUAUUCGAAAACAAUACCGUAUUUAGAUAUAGAGGACCCCGAAAAACACCCGACCGAACUGAGAAAAAGGACAGACGCUAGUCGAGCGGCCGCACAAUCAAGCGGAACGAGCGAAUCCAAAGGUCGAGCGAUUCCAUUCACAUCACACGUGUUCAAUAUUAUAUAAAAACAUAGGAAAUGGAGGGUAAAGAGGAAUGGAAAUCUCUAGCUCCACCAAUAAGUGUGAAAGUGCUCAAAACACUGAAGCAGCUUGGGUUCAAGAAAAUGACCCCAGUUCAGGCAGCAACAAUUCCUCUUCUUAUGACCCAUAAGGAUGUGGCAGCCGAAGCGGUUACAGGAAGCGGGAAAACAUUGGCAUUUCUCAUUCCAGUUUUAGAAGUCUUACUCAGAAAGGAAGGACCACUGAAGAAGAUGGAGGUUGGAUGCGUGAUCUUAACGCCGACUCGUGAACUUGCUGUCCAGAUCAACGAGGUGUUGCAGAACUUCACAUCCAAUCUUCCUCAGUUCUCUCAGAUGUUGAUAAUCGGUGGUAACAAACCAUCUGCUGACCUCCAACAUCUUGAAACUCACGGUGCUAAUAUUAUCAUAGCAACGCCUGGAAGAUUUGAAGACUUGCUACAGAGACGCAAGUCACCUUGUGACCUUACUGCUAUGCUCAGAUCUCUAGAGGUGUUAAUUUUGGAUGAGGCUGAUAGAUUGUUGGACAUGGGCUUUGAAGCAAGUAUAAACACAAUUUUAGGUCACCUUCCUAAGCAGAGACGUACUGGUUUGUUUUCUGCGACACAAACAGAUAAAGUGGAAUCGCUCAUACGUGCAGGAUUGCGCAAUCCAGUCCGCAUCACUGUCAAGCAAAAGACAAAUAAAACAUCGAAAGACCAAAGAACUCCAUCUACUCUAAGAAAUUAUUACACGAUUUGUGAAUGUGACCAGAAAUUUAACUUUCUUGUUGGAUUUUUAAGGAAAUUUAAGCAUUUAAAACACAUGGUGUUCUUUAGCACGUGUGCGGAAGUGGAAUACUUUGGAAAAGCUCUUGAAAUUUUAGUAAAAAACACAAGUGUACUAUCACUACAUGGGAAGAUGAAAGGCAAACGCAGUGCAGUCUUUGCAGACUUCCGAAAGUUAGAAAGUGGUGUUUUGAUCUGUACUGAUGUAAUGGCGCGAGGGGUUGAUAUCCCAGAAGUCAACUGGGUUUUACAGUUUGAUCCACCCAAUAAUGCAAGUGCCUUUGUUCAUCGGUGCGGAAGAACAGCAAGGAUAGGCAACACAGGAAAUGCGUUAAUAUUCCUACUACCGACAGAGGAUACAUAUGUGGACUUUAUUCAAAUAAAUCAAAAGGUUCCCCUCCAGGAAUAUCAAGAGGCUUCCAAUAUAGAAAUUGUUGAUGUACUGCCAAGGUUACGGAAAAUAGCGGAACAUGAUCGAUUAUGACAAUCAAGUUUAUCUUAUCCAAGUGUACUCCU